AUGGCGGGGCGCAGCCUGGGCCGCGGCGUCGGGCGGCUCCUCGGCAGCUUGCGUGGGCGCUCGGAGCAGCAGGUCCGGCUGCUGCGCGGGGCGAGUGCAUUUAGCCGGCCGGCCUCCGGGGGCGCCGGCAGCGCCCCCGCCGCCGCAGCCGCGCAGCCCGGCUCGUACUCGGCGCUAAGCGCGCGGGCAGCCCGGGAGCCGGACGCCUUCUGGGGGCCGCUAGCGCGGGAUACACUGGUGUGGGACACCCCCUACCACACAGUGCGGGACUGCGACUUCAGCAGUGGCAAGAUCGGCUGGUUCCUGGGAGGCCAGUUAAACGUGUCCGUCAACUGCUUGGACCAGCAUGUUCAGAAGUCCCCGGAGAGUGUUGCUUUGAUCUGGGAGCAAGAUGAGCCUGGUACCGAAGUGAGGAUUACCUACAGGGAACUGCUGGAGACCACUUGCCGCCUGGCCAACACGCUGAAGAGGCAUGAAGUUCGUCGAGGGGACCGUGUGGCCAUCUACAUGCCUGUGUCCCCACUGGCUGUGGCGGCGAUGCUGGCCUGUGCCAGGAUUGGUGCCGUCCACACCGUUGUCUUUGCUGGCUUCAGUGCAGAGUCCUUGGCUGGGAGGAUCAAUGAUGCCAAGUGCAAGGUGGUCAUCACUGUCAACCAGGGGCUCCGGGGUGGCCGUGUGACGGAGCUGAAGAAGAUUGUGGAUGAGGCCGUGAGGCUCUGCCCCACUGUAAGGCGUGUCCUGGUGGCCCACAGGACUGACAGCAAGGUCACCAUGGGGGAGUUGGAUGUCUCGCUGGAGCAGGAAAUGGCCAAGGAGGACCCGGAGUGCGCCCCAGAGAGCAUGGGCAGUGAGGACGUGCUUUUCCUGUUGUACACCUCGGGGAGCACCGGCCCGCCCAAGGGAAUCGUGCACACCCAGGCGGGCUACCUACUGUAUGCAGCCCUGACUCACAAGCUUGUGUUUGACUACAAGCCAGGAGACAUCUUUAGCUGUGUGGCCGACAUUGGCUGGAUCACAGGGCAUAGCUAUAUAGUGUACGGACCGCUCUGCAACGGAGCCACCAGCGUCCUUUUUGAGAGCACUCCAGUUUAUCCGGAUGCCGGCCGGUACUGGGAGAUGGUGCAGCGGCUACAGAUCAACCAGUUCUACUGUGCCCCGACAGCCGUGCGGCUGUUGCUGAAGUACGGAGACGCCUGGGUGAAGAAAUAUGACCGCUCAUCGCUGCGGACCCUGGGCUCAGUGGGAGAGCCAAUCAACCAUGAGGCCUGGGAGUGGCUGCACAAUGUGGUGGGGGACGGCAGAUGCACGCUGGUUGACACCUGGUGGCAGACAGAGACAGGUGGCAUCUGCAUCGCACCACGGCCCUCAGAGGAGGGAGCGGAGAUCAUCCCCAGCAUGGCCAUGAGACCCUUCUUUGGCAUUGUCCCAGUUAUUCUGGACGAGAAGGGGAGCAUCUUGGAGGGCGACGACGUCUCCGGAGCGCUGUGCUUCUCACAGGCCUGGCCGGGCAUGGCCAGGACCAUCUAUGGGAACCAUCCCAGAUUCAUGGAUGCCUACUUCACGGCCUACCCUGGCUACUACUUCUCUGGGGAUGGUGCAUACCGCACCAAGGGUGGCUACUACCAGAUCACAGGGCGGAUGGACGAUGUCAUCAAUAUUAGUGGGCACCGGAUUGGGACAGCGGAGAUUGAGGACGCAAUGGCUGAGCACCCUGCAGUGCCGGAAACCGCUGUCAUUGGCUACCCCCACGAUAUCAAGGGUGAAGCUGCAUUUGCCUUCAUCGUGUUGAAAGUUGAUGCAGAUGACUCAGACAUGGUGGUGGAGGAGCUCAGGUCAGCAGUGGCCACCAAGAUUGCCAAGUACGCUGUGCCUGAUCAGAUUUUGGUGGUGAAACGUCUCCCCAAAACCCGAUCUGGAAAAGUCAUGAGGCGGCUCCUGAAGAAGAUAGUCACUGGUGAAACUCAAGACCUGGGAGACACCACCACACUGGAGGACCCCAGUGUCAUCACAGAGAUACUGAGAGCCUACCAGCAGUACAAAGACAAGCGACCUAGCUCUUAGUCAGGAGGACAUGCCUCAACCUGUGAGUCUCUGACAAAAACCAAGUGCCUAAGUCCCCAAUUUUCUUUCUUAGAAUGUAGCUCUGAAGUUGGCUUUUUCCUAGACGUCCCAGAGACAGCCCUGUCCCAACACAUAAUCCCCACUGUUACUAAUGUGAAAUCAGUCUGUGUUUAAAUCCUUUUCUUCUGCUGGCAAACCCAGAAGUGUAACCCAUAGGAGGUACAGUCAGACGUGGGUAGGAUUCAUUUCACUUGUCUUGAAUUUGGCUUCCUUGAGUGGAAGUCAUUUCCAUCCCCACUUUCAUGUCCUCUUGAGACUACACAAAAAGUUGAAAACGGUAAAACAUGCCUGCCCAGAUGACUUAGAACUAAAAGCAAUACUAUUUUCCCAGAUGUUUCUAGGUACAAAAAACAGAUUUUAUUUUUGUACGUUUGUAUUUUGGGAAAAUAAAGUACAUGCUCUUUGUAACACUUAGGGUUAGGAAGAUCUCCCUUUGUGCCUUCACUGGUGGGUAAUUAAUUGUACUGAGAAUCAGAGGGAGCACUUUUAAUUACUGUUUAGCAAACUUGGAAAUCUUACUUGAAAAUCUAAACUCAGCCGUCUUGAGAGGGUCAGAUCUUCAGCACUCUGUCCUUGUGUAUUGUUUUACUGUGCCUGGUGUGUUAUAAUGAAACUACUCCGAAAAGCUGUGGAAUGGACGUGUGCACCCAGUAGCUCACCCAGUCACAUGUUCUUUCUCCAAGCUGUGAUCUGGAAAGCUUUUUUUCCUUGGAUGCCUCUUGGUAGGAGGCCGACACUGCUCCCAUACAUGGGCUUGUCAGCAAGAACUCAGGCGACUUGUUACAGCACUGAUUUUGUGGGGUUUGGGCCCUGGGAAAACACUGCCUAUUUCUCAUUAUGGGGCUGGGUAAUAGUAGCAACUGAUGCCCUAUGCUGAUACUUGGAGCACUGAAUCAAGGGUUUUUUUGUUUUGCUUUUUAAAUGAACGUGUCUUAAGUCUUCUGAACAUUAGCAAGAUGAUGUAAAUCAGUAAGUCACAGUAUGCUUAUUCUCUAGCUAAGUGUGCAUGGUGGAGUGUGUGGAGUGGGGUGAGGUUGUCUCAUCUGUGCUUAUCAUGAUGCAAUUGAUGAAAUUGCUGACACAAAGCCAGAUGGGGGUGCAAGGGCCACACAGACUGAUCUGCAGGGGAGUCCAAUAAAGAUUUAUUUUGUUUCAUUCUCUUCUGUUUGUUGUGAUGUUUUUGAUCAAAUAAUGCUAUUCUUUUUUUGCUGAAUAUAACCCUAAGGACGAAACUGGAAGAGGCCUGUUAACUCUAAAGAGAAAACCUAAAAAAGUCCAUCUUCUUACAGGGAAGAAAUGUACAAUAAUACCCCCCAUCUUAGACUGUGAUUGGUAAACUUACCUAUUUCUAGAUUACUGUGCUGUCCAGUACACUAGACACAUGUGACGACUUAGAUUUACAUUAAGUUAAAUCAAAUCAAAUCAAAUUAAAAACUAGUUCCUUGGUCACAGUAGUCACAUUUAAAUUGCAUAAGACCACAAGUGAUUGGUGUCCUGCCAUGCUGGACAGCAGGGAGAAGAACACCCUCAUCACUGCAGGACGUCCUGUUGGUCAGUGCUGGUCUAGAACACAGAUGAGAAUGAGGAAGCAGAAAAGACGUCAAGGCAGCCGAAGUCAGGGCCACGGAUGACACAUGCGGGAGGCACAGGCUUUCUAGCGGGAGAGAUAACUCUCUGCGGAUGUGGGCGGAGGGAUUUUCUGUCUCCAUCACCGAAUUGAGAAGCAGGUCUUUGAGGAGAACAUGAGGAGAAUUUGUGCCAU